UCACCAUAGAGAAAAAUAACAAGUUUUUUUUUUUUUUCUAAUCCGUCACUUUAAAUAUGGCCUCAUCACUCUUUAACUUUCUUCUUACUUUCUUAGCUCUCUCAAAUGUUGUUUUGCUAUCACAAUCCGAAGUUAGUACUAGUACUAGAGCACCCUUCAAACCUAAUGGCCUUGUUUUGCCAGUGUUUAAGGAUUCUGCCACAGGUCUUCACAUAGCCAAAAUCACAAAAAGAACUCCCCAGCAAUCCAUCCCAUUGCUGAUUGACUUGAAUGGCAGGUUCUUGUGGUUAAAUUGUGAAAAUAACUACAUUUCAUCAACCUAUUUUGCUCCCUUUUGCCACUCAACUCAAUGUUCUCGCGUUGGUGCUCAUUCGUGCAACAAAUGUUUUUCCACUUCACCAAGACCUGGUUGCCAUAACAACACUUGUGCUGUUACAACCACAAAUCCUUUCACUCGCCAAACUGCAACCGGUGAAGUUGCUCAAGAUUCUCUCUCAAUACAGUCCACUACUCAAUUUGGCUCAAAUAAUAUCGGUCCUUUAGUUACUAUUCGUCACUUCCUUUUUGCUUGUUCACCUUCAUCUUUGUUACAAGGUCCUUUUCCUAAAAAUGUUCAAGGAGUAGCUGGAUUAGGCCAUGAUCCGGUCUCUCUUCCAAUUCAACUAGCUUCCCAUUUCGGAUUCCCUCGUCAAUUUGCCUUGUGCUUACCCUCUCCCUCACAAAAAAAUGGCGCAAUCUUUUUUGGUACUAGUGGCUUAGAUGGAACACAUACCGGAAAUUUAACCUACACACCAAUAAUCAUCGGUUCACAAGGAGAAUAUUUCAUCCCAGUGAGAUCAAUACGCGUAAAUAACCAGCCUGUCCCGUUGAACCGUUCAUCUUUAAUUUCAACGAGGAAUCGAAACUUUGGUGGAGCGAUGAUUAGUACUACAGCUCCUUACACUCUUCUUGAACACAACAUUUUCACAGCCUUCACUCAGUUCUUCGCGAACAAAUUUUCCGGGGUGUCUCAAGUGAAUCCAGUGUCACCAUUCGGACUAUGUUUUAAUUCCAACAACUUGUCAAACACCAAUGUUCCAAACAUUGAUUUUGUCAUGCAGAACAAAAAUGUUACGUGGACUAUCAUUGGAACAAAUUCAGUAGUUGAAGCACGACCUGGUGUGUCUUGCUUGGCUUUUGUUGAUGGUGGACAAAAUCCUAAGGCUCCAAUUGUGAUAGGGGUACGUCAAUUGGAAGAUAAGUUUGUUCAGUUUGAUCUUGCAAGGUCGAGAUUGGGUCUUAGCUCUUCAUUACUGUCACGUAACACUAGUUGUUCUAACUUCAAUUUUACCUCCACAUCUUUCGUCAGUGAGAUGGAGUGAAAAUUGAAAAAAGUUUAAUUUCCUACUUAAGGGUUUUGAUCAUAUGUGUACGUACGAGUCUCUGUAUGUUUUUUAAGUAACUUUUUCUUUGUGUACUACUUUUUUCUUUUCGUAAACCUUUGGAGUUUUUAAGGUCUAUGUAAUAUGUCCAGUACUUUUUGUUUAAGUAAAUUUCUUUUGUUA